AUGUCUAUACCAGAGUUAGCAUCCCAGUCUGUAAAGAAUACUCUUUCAGAUCAAAAUGAUCAUUCUAUGAGAACAAUAAUAAUAGCAGGUGAUCAAAAAGUUGGAAAAUCGAGUUUAGUUAAUGCCUUCCUUGAAAAAAAUGAUAAUCCGAGAGAAACAUUAGUCAUGGAGUAUUCAUUUGGAAGGAAGUCAUCGCAAAAGCCAGGAAUCGAUAAAAUUAUUUGUCAUGUCUGGGAAUAUGGUGGAAAAAUUGAAAUGCUUAGCGAUGUUCUCGUGUCUAUCCCUAUUAGAGGAUCUUUUUUCUUUUGCAUAAUGCUUGAUUUAAGUAAAAUAAAAAAAAUAUGGAACACUUUAGAAUCUUGUAUUCAGGCCAUUCAAAAGAAUUUUUCGACUGCCGAUUCUACAAUGGAAAUAAUAAUCAUUGGAGGAUACUACGAUCAUUUUAAAAAUUUUGACACUGAAAUAAAAAAAAUGGUUUGUACUACAUUGAGAAGUGUUGCGUUGUUAUUUAACGCACAUCUUUUAUUUUAUUCAAAGAAAGAUACUCAUUUAGCCAGGAAAGCAAAAGAUUUGUGCUAUGGAAUGGGUUUUGGAAACGGCAUUUUAUUAAAGGAAAAAAAUACAAAUUUUUUAAAGCCGUUAAUGAUACCUAGAGGUUCGGAUACUUGGGAAAAUAUUGGUUUUCCACCGUGCAAAUUAGAUGAGAUAAAGAAACGAUAUACCGCUAAAAUUGCCUCGGAACGAAUUAUAAAAUCAGAUUGCAGUGAAGAUAUACAACGCACACACCCUGAACCUAUAUUGGAUACAUUAGCAGCUUUGAAAUACGAAGAGUUGCGGUGCAUGGAAUCUUUUGAACCCUCAAUAAAAGAUUACUUGUUUUGUUUACAAUAAAAAUAUUAUUUCAUUUAACAUAAGA